GUUCCCUAGAAGUCCUAGAUUUAUAAGUAGGACACCAAGGCUAGGUUGAGCUGAAGGCUGAAAUCAACAAUUCAACUCUCGAUUGAAACACUUCACUGAUGGAUCAACCUCACGUUAUCAUCUUCCCCUUUCCACUACAGGGCCACGUAAACUCCAUGCUCAAGCUCGCUGAGCUUCUCUGCCUUUCUGGCAUCCAUGUCACUUACCUUGUAUCUGCUUCUAUCCAUGGCCGCCUCCUAACUCACACCAAUGUCCAACCCCGGUUCAAUCACUAUCCCGGAUUCAGUUUCCAAACCCUUCCAGACGGCCUUUAUGAAGGAAGUUUACACAACCCUGAUGGGAUAAUACAGAUGUAUGAAUCUCUGAAAGCCAUAGCGAAACCAUUUCUCAUAGACUUGAUAGUUUCAGAUCGUCUGAGUAGCGACGCCCGCCGGCCAGUGACGUGCAUUAUAGCCGAUGGUAUUCUGAGUCUAGCAAUUGAAGUUGGUGAAAAGACUGGUAUUCCGGUUAUAUUUUUCCGUACGGUGAGCGCUUGCUCGUUUUGGGCUUAUUUUUGCAUCCCCGAACUCAUUGACGCCGGCGAGCUUCCUUUCAAUGGAGACAAUAUGGAUGAAGGAAUAGCGAAUGUGAAGGGCAUGGAAGGCUUUCUCCGGCGACGUGAUCUACCGAGCUUUUGCCGCGUCAGCAACUUGGAAUCCGAUGACUUCAAGAUAGUUCUUAUUGAAACCAGGCGAACCCCUCGAGCCCAAGCUCUCAUACUCAACACAUUUGAAGACCUUGAAGGAUCAAUUCUCUCUCACAUCCGUUCUGUUUGUCCAAAACUCUACACCAUCGGGCCACUCCAUGCUCAACUGAAGACCAGCCUCGCCAGAAAAACAACUUCCUCCUCGACCUCUUCGAACAGUUUGUGGGAGGAAGAUAGGAGCUGCAUUAGGUGGCUUGACGAGCAGCCCAUGAAAUCUGUGCUCUAUGUGAGCUUCGGAAGCAUAGCGGUGGUGACAAGAGACCAGCUCUUGGAGUUCUGGCACGGUUUGGUGAAUAGUGGGAAGCGAUUCUUGUGGGUCAUGCGGCCAGACUCCGUUGCCGGAAAAGAUGGAGAACAUCAUAUUCCGGCUGAGCUGGAGGAGGGUACGAAGGAAAGGGGGUACAUGGUGGGUUGGGCCCCACAAGAGGAAGUUCUGGCCCACCCAUCCAUUGGUGGUUUCUUGACUCAUACUGGUUGGAACUCUACUUUGGAAAGCAUAUUGGCGGGUGUGCCAAUGAUCUGCUGGCCAUACUUUGCUGACCAGCAGGUGAAUAGUAGGUUUGUGGGGGAGGUUUGGAAUCUUGGGGUGGACAUGAAAGACACUUGUGACAGAGUCAUAGUUGAGAAGAUGAUCAAUGAUCUGAUGGAGGUGAGGAGGGAUGAGUUCAAGAAAUCAGCAGAUGAAAUGUCAAAGUUGGCGAAAAGGGCUGUGAGUGAAGGUGGGUCCUCAUCCUGUAACUUGGACCGUCUGAUUGAGGAUAUACGAUUGAUGAAUGGUGGAGGAGCAACUCAUAGCUAAGAUCUGAGAGCAAAUUAGAGGUGUUUCAGUUAUUCUUGUAUCAUUUCAGUGGUAAAGUGAGAUCGACGUUUAUGUUUCUAAUGUUAGUACCACGAAAGUCGGUCAUGCCCUUUCUGGAGCUGUGACUCAGCCAGUUCCAUUUGUUCCAUCACUAAUCCACUUUUUCAAGUUCCUACAAUCUAACAAACAAGUGGUGGGGAUGGGGAGUGGAUGACCUUUUAUUUGUUGAAGUAUGGGUUGUUUUGUUGUUUUUGUCUUAAUGUUGCUUUCCCAAUUGUAAGUUUAAUAAGUUAGCUCUUAAAGGUGAGUUGCUUUCUCAUUGCCCCAUUCCUAG